CGCAAAUUAUAAUAUUUAACGUAUGUCUUAAUCACAUUUAAAAUGCACUUGCUAAUCCUUUAGACAAACUCAAAUUUAGAGAGAAGAUCCCGGAUUGAUUGAGAAAUUGAAGGAGAGAUAAAUGGAACUAGAGGAGAAAUUAUUGGAUUUCGAACAUAAGAAGGGUAAUUUGGAAAGAGAAAAUUUGAUGUUUGAAGAGAAUAUCAAAUUAGAAUUGCAAGGCUUAAAAGGUAGAGUGUCGUGUAAUAACUAUUAGAAAACUAAGUGAUUCAACAAUAAUUAACCGAAGAACUCAGAGAUAAUAAAAUAUUAACUUAUAAGAAACAAAAUGAAUUGCAUUUAUUGGUACAGAAUGUCCAUGAAAAUGAAGCAGAAAAGAAGGUUUAUAAUAUGGUUAUGUUAGUAAUUAAUGAAUGAAAUCGAAUUCUUGAAAUAGUCAUUACUUCACACUAAUGAAAAUCAGCAACAAUUAGCCAAGAAGGAGGAACAUAUAAAAUUAUUAUUAAACCGUAUUUCUGAGCUCGAACAGAGUAUAACUUAACUAAAAAGAGAAGUAUAAUAUUAAUGA